AUGUUUCAUGUUGCAUUAGAACAAUUACAUCAUAUUGAUCAUAGUGAUGAGAUCUAUUCAGAUGAUUCAAUGUUAAGUGAUUAUUCAUUAUUGUCAAAUAAAAUAGAAAAUAAUACAAAUGAAAAGAAAUUCCAAUAUUUAUUUAAUUUUACAAUUUAUUUAUGGAUUUUAUUAAUUAUUUGGAUUAUUUUUCAAAUGUGGACUUCUUCAUACUAUUUCAAAUGA